AUGCUGGAAAUUAUCAAGUUGUCCUCGAAGACUGAUAAUGGAUUCCUUGUUGUCAAAUACUCGAAAAAGGCAUUCAAAAGCCCUAUUUUUUGGAUGAUUAUGGUUUAUUCAGUGUUCCUACUCCGAGCAAUACAUGAAGAUGAUCCGUUAGAAAUACCGUACCCUCCCGCACAAGUCAAUUACAAAACUUCUCGGAAGUUUAUAUCCAGUAACUAUGCCGCAUCAUCAAGACUUGGAAAUCAUCUCUUCGAGCUGGCAUCCGUGCUUUCAAUCGCAAGAGAACUCCAGAGAGUUCCCAUAUUUUUCAUAGAAGACUGUUAUCACGAGAAGAUGUGGGAAGACACAAAUGCAUUGAUACCCGGGUUGAUGAAUCAGUUUUUAGUUAUUAAUGGGAGUGUGCCCAGAUCAAUCAGACGUACUACUUUUCAUGCGAAAUGUUGUACAUUCGAGAAUCCAAGCGUUUUAGAGAAUGUUCAAGAUGAGUAUCUACAUCUAAAAGGCACUCAUUAUCAGAGUUGGAAAUACUUUUCCCAAAUGAGAAAUGAACUCAUUGGUUUCUUGAAAAUGCCGACUAAUCAUUUCUUCUAUCUUCCAGUAUCCAGUCGAUCUACUUUCGUGACGUGUGUCCAUGUCAGAAGAGGAGAUUUCUUGAGAGUUGGUUUCCACGUUGCAGAUGAGAAGUUCAUUAGAAGCGCAAUGAAUUUUGUGGCACGUCAAGAAGGAGCCCGUCGAAAACACAUGACCACAGUAUACUUUGGGGACGAUUUCCAAUUUAUGGAUUAUCUUCGGAAUGGUACGACCUCAUCAGAUGCCUACGUAUCUCAGAAUUCCCCAUCUGAUGAUUUAUUGUACUCGAAAAGUAAUUGUGAUGUGGUUUUCAUCUCAGCCGCUCAUUCAACGUUCGGAUGGUGGAUGGGAUACUUGUCGAAAGGAAACCGGGUCUACUAUACAGAUAUUCAGUAUACGAAAGAUUAUAUUUUAGAAACCGGUGAAUUCAAGUCCGACGACUACUACCCGCCACAUUGGAUACCUCUCAAAUAUGCCGGAAGUGACGAUCGAUUUAUCAACUGGUAUCUUAGUUUCCGACACAAAAUUACUGUUCUCAUUUUGGGAGACUCAGCCUCGAAUACAGAUGCAUAUAUUAUCAAUACCUACUACUAUCCGAGUUCCAAGUCGUUAGGGAACAAUGCUGUGGCCAUGGUUUUACUAUUGGAUAGAAAUACGAUGAGAGAUAUUACGAGGCAUCAGAUGAAAUUGAUUGCAACGAAUGCAGAUAACCAGUCAGUGGCCGUUGUGCCGAAACUCGUCAAAGAGCAACUCAACGAAGCCUGUCGGUUUGUGAACAUUGUGGCAACCACUAAUGUAUUACCUCGAAUGACAAAACUGGAAAUUUCAGAUGGAGAGCACAAAGUAGAAAUCCCAUUCAAACUGCCUAGAAAUACUUCUCCAUCUCGAGUCAUAAUUUGUAUUUCACCUCAAUUUAUUGCUGAACAAUGGCAACUUUUCAUCACUCAUUCCCACGUUGCUCGUCGUUUCGGAGGACACCUUCACAUUUAUGUGACCAGUAUGCUCGACUCAUUCUUCGAGUUGGUGCAGGAAUAUGAACUUCUUGGAUAUGUGACACUCGAUUUCUGGAUAAGAAUGAAGUUCCAGAAUGGUUCUGAUACUUCUUUGGAGCCGAAUUCUAACUCAGAACUUAGAAAUCAAGCAGGCGCUCAAACAGAUUGUCUGUUACAGUACAAGGAAGCAGCGGAGUUCAUCACAUUUUUUGAUAUUGAUGACAUUUUAUUUCCACGUGGAUACGAUGCAUACUUUGAUGAAUUCACUGCACUUCACGCUCAGAAUCCCGGUAUUCUGACAUUUCACUACAGUAAACGAGAGAUGAUGGUUUACAACAAAGCGGACAUUCACGAUAUCAACUUUCUUGAAAUAUUCGGGCACACUUGGUUUGUAAAUGAAGAGGAUUAUGGGAAAGUGAUGACUAAACCAACAAAUAUCAACUCGAUGUGGAUUCAUGAAUCAUUCAAUUUCUCGUAUAAGAAGAAGUUCUUUAUGGAUUCGAAUUAUUUGAUUCACAUGCAGAAACCAAUCGAUACCAAUGGAAAGAAUACUAUUCCGUACAAAAUGAGCAAGUUUGAAAUUAUGCCGGAGAUGCAAUUGAAUUCAUCUGUUCUAUUGGAAAUCCAGGAAGAGUUUGUAAGCCUUCUCAACUUCACCAACAUUUCCACAAUUGCCGAAAAACUGCCCAAGCAAUCCUACUACUUUCCCAUAAUCUAUCGUUGCUACUACGAAAAAUUCUACAAAAAAUUCCAGAAGCAGUGUCCGAAUGGGGAAGGAUGUCUAAUCCCUCAACGCUCUGAUAUGAACUGUGUCCAUUCGGAAGUUGACUAUAAAUCGGGUCCUCAAAUGAAGCCAAUCACGUAUCAUUUUCAUGAAAAUCCACGUUGGAUCAAAACAAUCGGGUGCCAUGCUUGA